UUUCUUUGAUAUUACAGUGAAUGCUUAUGGGUUAUGGUGGGUUAAGGUUUUGGAAUUAUGGAGGCAUAUUUGAGUUUCAACAGAGAAGACAAUCAUAUUCAGCAAAAGCCUUAGAUUGUCGUGCAACAUGGAGAAUGAUAAAGACUUUGGCAUUGCCUAACAAAGCAUCAACUUUACCUUUUGCAAAUGUUAGGGGGCUUAAUCAGUUAAAAGCCAAAGGAGCCAAGAUGGAGCUUUCUAUAAUGCAACCAGAUGAUUGGCAUCUUCGCCUCCGUGAUGGUGACCUUCUUGAAGCUGUUAUCUCUCACAGUGCAUUUCAUUUUGGAAGGGGAAUAGUUAUUCCAAAUUUAAAACCUCCCUUCAAGACAACAGCUGCAGUGGUGGCUUACCAAGAAUCCAUCUUGAAAACAUUGCCUGCCAAUAGUGACUUCAUACCUCUUAUGGCACUUUACUUGACAGAUACCACGACUCCUGAGGAGAUCAAACUUGCUAGAGACAGUGGGGUUGUAUAUGCUGUAAAGCUGUACCCUGCUGGUGCUACAACAAAUUCUCAAUAUGGUGCAACAGAUUUAUUUGGGAAAUGUCUACCUGUUCUUGAGGAAAUGGUUAAGCAUAAUAUGCCUCUUCUGGUUCAUGGGGAGGUUACAGAUCCUGAGGUUGACAUUUUUAAUCGUGAAAGGGUAUUCAUUGACACUGUUCUAAGACCCUUAAUUCAAAUUCCACAGCUGAAGGUUGUGAUGGAGCAUGUUACUACUGCGGAUGCUGUUAGGUUUGUCGAGUCUUGCAGUGAAGGAUUUGUUGCAGCAACCGUCACGCCGCAACAUCUUGUUCUUAAUAGGAAUUCCCUUUUUCAAGUGGGAUUGCAGCCACACAAUUACUGCCUUCCAGUACUAAAAAGAGAGACCCACAGACAAGCUAUUGUGUUAGCUGUGACAAGUGGUAGUAAAAGAUUUUUCCUUGGAACCGAUAGUGCUCCUCAUGAGAUGAAAAAAAAAUGUUCUUGCGGAUGUGCUGGUAUAUACAAUGCCCUUGUCGCCUUAUCACUCUAUGCCAAGGUUUUUGAAGAGGCUGGUGCACUUGACAAGCUAGAAGCCUUUACAAGCUUUAACGGACCCAACUUCUAUGGGCUCCCAAGAAACACAUCGAAAAUCAAAUUGAUCAAGAGUCAAUGGAAGGUGCCAGAAUCAUUAUCCUAUGCAACUAGUGAGAUUAUUCCGAUGUUUGCUGGUGAAACACUCGAGUGGCUGCCUUCCUCUGUUUAAUCAAAACAAAGAUAUCCUGAUGCUGCUAAAUUCCGGCGUAUGCCAUUGCAAUUCACUGAAGACUUAGACAUAUUAUUCUCAGAUUCAGCUGCUACAGGAGAAUGGGCAUACACUCCUAGCUCAGGGGUUAUGCCUCACACUGAUGAGACUGUGGAGGAAUUUCAUACCCCACAUGAUGCUGAAUUUCUUAAUGAUGCUGAUUUGAAGGUGGUUCGUCCUUCCGAGUUAAACAAAAAACGUCCAUUAAAUACUGAUGGUUCAUCAACCAAGAGCAAGAGAAAGAAGAAAUUUACUGGUGCAGCUCUACUUACCAAGACACUUGAUCGUAUAGUCAACGUGGUUGAGUCAUCUUUAGCAACUUUAACACAGACCUCAUUAAGAUAUCCUUCAAUUGCAAAAUGUUGGGCGAAGUUGGAAAGCAUCCCUGGUGUAUCCCCAGAUGAUGAGCUGUAUGUAUGGGUUGCCCGAUUAUUCUUAUGAGUCAAGCGUCGUGAGUGCUUCAUAACUCUUCCUACGAAUGAAGUUCGGCUGAGGUUUCUAAAGUUGGAGAUUGAGAUGGAGAAGACCACCACAGGUUAUCACGACUAAUUGUGGACUGCUCGGUUGUUCUUAGGACUUUUAUUAUUAAUUGUGGACUACUGUGUUGGACUUUUAUUUUACUAAUUGUGGACUGUUCUGAAUUUCCUAAUUUUUGCUUUUAUUAA